GUGCAAAAUGUGAUGCAAAUACUUUUGAUGGGGAACGAUGCCUUUAUGGAGCACUUACUCGAAAAAUUAAAAAUCUCCUAAGAAAUUUGAAAGUUGUUACUUCCAAGAUUAUGAGUAGAGAUCAUUAUAGUGAGUUUUUAAGAAGAGCUUUUGAAACUGCUGAGAUUUCAGAUGUAUGUUUUGUCAUUCAGGGAGAAAAAAUUAACGCUCACUCAUCAAUUUUAGCAGCUAGAAGUGAAAAGUUUCUCAAUAUGUUAAAAGAAAAUUGGAAGUUAAGAACCGAAGGUGAACUUAUUUCAAUGGACAAAUUUUAUGUAUCUUAUUCGAAUUUUAAAGCAUUUUUGAAAUAUAUCUAUACAGGUGUACUGGAUUUAGAUAUAAGUGAUAUUGAAGCUUUUCUACAUUUUAUAAAUGAUUUUGGUUUCAACAAUUUAGUUAUUGAAAUUGAGAAGAGAUUAAAAAGGAAGAGAAAAAGAACAUCUUUUACAAUUGAAUUUAACCAAGAAUUUUACAAAAAAGAUUUCUAUAAACUGUUUUUAUCUGCUCUACCAAAGAAAUAUAAGGAAUAUAACUCCAUGAGCGACUUUGAUGGAGCUGAAUUCGCGGAUUUACACAUACAGCUGCAAGAUCAAGUUUUUGCUUGUCAUAAGGUUUUCAUUAGUGGAAGAUGUGAAUACUUUAAAGCAUUACUACUUGAUCAUUUUUCUGAAGUUGAAGAACGUGCUGAAUCAAAAAUUCAUGCUAUCAAAUUAACAGAUAUCAAUCCAGAUUUAUUUAUAUACAUAUUACAAUAUAUAUACACAAAUACAGUUGAGAUAAAUCGUGAUGACGUGUUAGACCUUUUGUCUCUUGCUGAUAUGCUCAUUUUAACAGGGCUAAAGAAACAGUGCUCAACUCUUGUUGGAGAAAACUUAAGUGUUGAUAAUGUUGUUGAAAUACUUCAAGUGGCAAGGUUAUAUAAUCUUCCACGCUUAGAAACUCAAUGCACCGAAUACAUGGCAAUACACUUAGAAGAAGUUGUCCAGCAACCUGCCUUUAAAUCUAUUGUUCUGCAAGAUGCAAAUGAAAUUCAAGAAAGACAAGAAACGGACACCAUUGCUGUAAUUGAUGAUAUUCGUUAUCAUAUAGCAAGUUCAACUAAAAUAUGCUUCUCAUCUAGAAAAUUUGUGUUGAUAGAAAGUCUUCUGGAAGAAUUAAAAUUGGAUGCUUAAUUUUUUUCUUCAAGCAGAUUGGGGGAAAAAAAUGUCAGAAAUACUUUAUGAUUGCUUGAAUAAAUUUUUUUUAUUUUUUACUAGUUGUACUGUAAAUUAUUCUGUUCAAUAGUUUUGCUAUGGUUUCUCAUUAAUGUUGCUGAAAUAUUUUCUUUUGAAAUACUUUUGUACAAAAUUUCUCUUGCUAUGAAUCAAAAAAAAAAAAAAUCUUUGAAUAAUCUUUUGUUAAAACUUUUGAAUAAACUUUCUACACUGAGAAAGUUUGUUUAACAGUCCACCUAACUGUAGUUUAAGAUUCUUUAAGGCUCUUGCAGUUAGUGCCUGAUUACUGAAGGGCAUGUGGUGCAAGUGCACGGUCAGAAGGACCAAGUCAGGUAUCCAAAAUUGAAACUUUUGUAGUAAAUUUUACUUUUUGUUUAGUGAUAAAACAUUAAAGAAAACUGAAAAAUACUAUGUGUUCACCACAGCAAGAUUACUUUUCUUGUUUUCAGUUUAAAAGUCCGACAACAAAAAGGAGAAAUUUGUUGUCUAGCCAUUGGGUAAAUGCAGGGUUCUUUUACAUCUUCAUAGUAUCUUAGCAUAUUUCUGCUCCACUGUUACAUCUGAAUUUAAUUUUGACGCUUUUGAUGGUCAAAAUGUAUGAGGAGGCUUCUGGAUGAAAUGUUUUCCCCAGGCCUCAUAAAAACGUUAAGAAGCUCUGCAUGCACUUUUGUGGAAAACAGUACAAAUCUUAAAAUUGUCUUCCUAGCCGAAAGUAGACAUUCGAUGAGCAUUUUUUUUUCAUAACCUAAAAUCAAGUAUUUCUUUUUAAAAUUGCACUAGAGAGCUCCAUCCUCUUGCUCGUCAACUCCUGUUCACCACCUGUCGCGAAUCAAUGCUGCCUGUGGCGGGUGACAAAUCCAUAUCUGCGGCCCCUUAAGCUGUUACUCUUUAUUAAUUCUUGUAGCUUAGUGAAAGUCUUAUGCUGAUGCAUUUAACACUAAUAAAAUAAUAGUUAAUGAGAAGUUUUUAUUCCUAUUGUGAGUCAAUCAUCCUUAAUACAUCAAAUAAGUGCUAAUCCUGUGAAGUCCAUUGGCUUGAAUGGAAGCUCGUAUUGUUUGAAGCUUGUUGGCAUUCUGUUGGUUUUUUCUCAUUGGGUAAGUCGGGGGUGUAUUCCCCUGCAACAGAGAUCGAUUUGGCAACUUAUGAGUCAACCAAUUUGGACUACAUGUGUGCCAAACCGUGUACUUAAGAUUGCAUGCAGAUAGGUUAAGUUAUAUUUUUGUUAUAUCAGCGUUGGCUGUUGUGAACGCUUGACCUUGAAGCAGAAACAUCAUUUGUAACAGGUUAUUAUGCCGCCAAAGACAGACUUUAGGUGCGGAAACAAAUAAAAGUUGCUGCGAAUGAGGUCGGGGCAUUCCAGAGGAUGGUCAAAAAUGUCCCCACCAAAGUCCUGUAAGUGUCCUCAUGGUUGAGAGUUGACUACACAGGCAGCAACUUUCUAAGAAUAGGUAUACAAAAACCAGUACCACGCUUUGAUCAAUGCUUGGAAAAUCACUGGAGCAAUGUGAAAAAUAGC